AUGGCUUCUAUAGAUCGCAUUUGUGAAGGGAUAUCAAGGUCACUAAAACUGAUUUGCCUCCGUGAAGGACCCGGCGUACGCAUCGCACUUUACCUGCAGUCCCUGCUUUCCGUUAUCCUCGUACGAGUCUCACCAAAGGACGCUCCUGGUGCCUACUGGUCGAUGACCUCAACUGCCAUCUCUUUGAUCAUCGCAAGUGUCAUCACCUCAGCCCAGCGGAAGAUAUCCUUACUCGACGCGAUCGUGGUCGUGUACGUUCUUCUGCUGCCUGUGCUUACCUCCGCAUUUGGCCUCUCCGAGAUGCUGGAACCCUCACAGAGAAAGGGUGGCACCCAUCCGGUGCACUCGCCUCUUCUCGUCAUAGCGAAUUGGAUGCGCUCCGCCUUGACCUACGCCUUCGCGUUGUACGUGUGGAUCGCCGCGCCAACUCUUGGUUCUGGUCCUCCAGAGUGCAACGAGGCUACACGGCUUAUCUUCUUUGGGGAAAGCCUGCCAGCAUUGGCGAGCGGCGCUUUUUCCGACAUUGCGAGCCAGGCGUUGUUGCAACCGAAAGAGCGCCCGAAGAACGAAGUGCUCCAAGAGUGUGUCACCGUAGUUGAUUUUGCUACUGGAGACACAACAGACACGAGUCGUUUCAUGCAACCCCGACAGAUCUUUUAUGGAACCAUCAAAGGAAUGACUGAUCGCAUUCUCACCUGGUUACCUUCUGGGACCGAACGUUGGUACCGACUUUAUGGAAGGACGGCGCUUAUUGGUCUUCUGGCUUCGUGCGCUAUUAUUAUGACCGAGCUAGAACUUCUUUUGAACAAAUUGGAAGUGAACGUCAAUCGCGAGUGGGGGUUCGGACAAAUCCUCCUGCUUUUGACUCUCUCUCCCCUCCUUUCCCUGUACGAAUCAAUCCUCUCGCGGAACUCCACCGGACCUACUACCGAGACACGCCUUAUCCGAUUUUACAUUCGCCGAGCAAAGGGCCUUCAGCGCCCACGCACCGAAUUCGACGCGUACCUUCCAGACAUCAUGGAUCGCCUGCCCGAAGUCCUGCGGAAGGCGCAGACGCCAUCUCCGUUUGCCGUCGUCACGAUAGACGAGCGGGAAAUGUACACUUCACGAGUGGAGGAGAGCACGUGCGAUCCGGACUGGGACGAAAGCUUCGACGUUCGGGUUGGUGACUUGUCGACGAUUGUCGUCCGCGUUUUCGACCGCAAGUGCAUAGAUCAGGGCUUGCCAGAGUUCAUCGGUUUCGCCACACUACUGCCGUUUGCAUUGAUGCCUCCGCCAUCGAAAGGGGGCGAACAAGGGGUUCAAGAAGCUCAUGUCAAGGAUGUUCCACUUGUUCGGGAAGGAAAGACGGUGCCCGCCAUGGCGGUUAGUUUUUCGUUGUCGACAGAUACUCGCGUACCGCCUGGUCUACCAGCGGUACCACAAGAAGUCGAGUUGCAGGAGAUGCACAUCCGAAGAAGAGUAGCUACGGCCCAACUCGGCGACCGGAAAUGGGGACGUAAGAAGGAUACUAGGACGUAUGUUUAUAACGUUCCUGAUCAAAACGCUCUUGAUUUCAAAUUGUAG